GUCUUUUUCAAAACUGAAAUACUUUCUUUUCUGCCGAUAGGUUUACAAGAUCAGAGAUGUUCAAUUCGCUUGGACGACAAGGAGCUUCUUAUUUUGGUCAAAAAGAUGAGUGUAAGAAUAUUAACAAAAUAUAUCAGACACAUUUACCCCGAGCAUCAAUGCUAAAUAAAUGCUCUCCAGCCUUAAGGCUUUUGUUACCUGAUGCAGCAGAAAACGUUUCUAGGAUUCACCCGAAUAAAACUGAAAAUAAUCAAAGAAAGAUACAUAUGAAUGAGAUUAAUGCAGAUGGAGAAAAUGAAAAGAUAGGUAUUCUUGGAGACUACCGACAUUUAUACGACGAUCAGCUAAUAUUGAAUAAAGAAACAGCUGAUAGUGACCAGACAAAGCCAGAAGACGAUAAUGAGGAUAAUGACGAAGCAAAUCAAAAGGAAGAUGACAAGAAAAGUGAAUAACUUCAAAUACAUUUAUUCCAACUGGUGAGUGGUGGUUAUACCACUAUAAUUCCACAGAAAAAUAGCAGUAAAAUCAUGGAUAACAACGAGAGUACCACUAACCAGAAAAUGAUUAAUAGCUAUCGAUCUAAAUUAACUGAAAAUCAUGAUCA